AUGAAAAUAUUUAAAAAGACCCAGACAAAGUACAAUGUUUUCUUAGAUGUAUUUCCAGAGGAUAUUGAUGAUAUAUAUGAGCUGUACCGGAUAAUUGAUGCAAAAGACACAGUAAAGACAGUAACGCAGAGAAGUAUUCCUGGAGAAGGGGGGAAAUCGAAAAUAAGAGUUACUCUUCUGCUGGAGGUAGAAGUAGAGGCGGUAACAGUAGACUUAGCAGUGGGUAUAUUAUUUAUCAAGGGAAAGAUUCUAAAUGAAACAGAGUACACCAAGACAGGGACAUUCCACACUCUAGAAAUAUCUGUGAACCAAAGAAUGUCUCUUAAGAAGGACCAUCUCUCUGCGGCCUCUAUAAAAAUGCUGGAGAGUCUUACACUAGAAAACAAAGCAAGCAUGGGAUAUUUUAUAUGCAGAAAAGAUGGGUACUCAUUACUUCUAGCAACAGAGUAUACAUUGCGGCGUGUACCUCUCCCAGACAAAGUAAAGUCAAAGGACAAGCUGUUCAAGCAAAUUCUAAGCUAUUUAAAGAGCAACUUAACCGUGUUUGCUAUUAUAGGCCCAGAUAAAGAAGUAGAUGACUACUUCCGCCAGCAGCCACAGCUAAAGAACCUUGUUGUUUUUAUUAAAAAGCAAGUGGCAACAAGCAACACACACAAAGGUGACACGGAAGAAAUAGAUGCGAUAUUUAAAACCCCAGAUCUGCUCAGAAAGUUAAAAGGCAUUAAGAAGGGAAAUGAGCUUCUUGCACUGAAUAAUUACUACAGACUGGAGGAUACAGGCACAAAAGGCAUUGCAGUCGGACUUAAAGAGGUAAUGUGUGCUUGUGAGAAUUACAUAACUAAAACAAUAAUUAUAUCCGACGGCCUAAUAAAAUCAGAGAUACCAAAGGAAAGAAUGGCGGCAGAAGAAAUAAUUAAACUUUCCAAGCAGACUAAUGCAGAAGUAAAUAUAAUUUCACAGUAUACAAGUGAAGGGGAUAAGAUUAAAGGAAGAGGCGGUGUAGUUGCCAUUCUAACACAGCCUAUAGAUAUAUCUACAUUAUUAGAAUAAAUUUUGG